UUAAUCUGUACAGAUGCUGUUUGUACUCACUUAUGAUAAUGUUAAGAAAGUGUCUUUUUUUCAUUAUUAUUUUUGUUUGUUUUUCGAAAAGUUUCGAAUUUGAAUUUGUGGUGUUUGCAAAUAAUGCAGGUGUAGCAAGUUCUAGAAUAGUGAAAAGGGAAAGUCCGCAACUAGAUAUUCCGAAAAUCAAGGAAUUCUACGUAACUACGAAAGUAGCAAAUCGUUUUGCCGAAACUAGCGUCGUGAGUAAAGUUGAAAAUUCGGACAGUUAUACGAAGCAAACGGCCUUUUCUGUGGUUUUGCCCGAGAGAGCAUUUAUCUCUGGAUUUUACAUGGAAAUCGAUGGCAAACAAUACAAAGGAUACGUCAAAGAAAAGAAUGAAGCUAGAAAACUCUUCGGCAAUUCUUUGUCAACAGGUCAAAAUGCCGGUCAUGUUUCAGUAAGCGCACGUGAAUCCAAUAGGUUCACGGUAAACAUCAAUGUGGAACCGCUCAGUAAAGUGUCUUUUUCCUUGAACUACGAAGAACUGCUACAAAGAGAAAAUAGUCAAUACGAAAUAAUUACAAAUAUUCAACCGGGGCAAAUAGUGAAAAAACUAAAAGUAGAAGUCAGUAUCAAUGAAAGCCUACCAUUGCGAUUUGUGAGAACCCCAUAUCUACGAUCAGGAAACAAUGCUGUGCUAUCAUACAAAGCUACUUUGGAUCCUCAUGCUAAAGUGAAGAUAGCUAACACUUCGGCAUAUGUAGUCUUUGAACCAGAUGUAUUUAGACAGUAUGAAUUUGCGUGUGCUGGUUUAGGAAAUAAGGAAUAUGACGGGUUUGCUGGACAGUUUGUCGUCAAAUAUGAUGUUAAUAGAACCAACGAAGGUGGAGAGACAAUUUACCAGGAUGGAUUCCUAUUGAAUUAUUUCGCCCCAAAAAGUUUCGAUCCCCUGCCUAAGCACAUCGUCUUCUUACUUGAUACCAGCGGUAGUAUGGCGGGUCCAAAGAUAAAACAACUGAUCGAUGCCAUGAUAAAAAUUUUACCGCAGUUAAAUGAAGGGGAUAUAUUUAACAUUGUGCAGUAUUCCACGGAAGUGUAUGUAUGGGAAACAGAUUCCAGAGGGAACAAUGCCUUUGAUGGUAUGGAUCCAGAAUAUUUGAGUUAUGGAAAUUUAGCAAAAGUUUUAGAGAACACAAACUUUCCUCCAGGCCACGUAGCUACUAAAGAAAACAUCAGAAAAGUACAAACAUUAAUUGAAAAUUUAUAUGAAAAUGGUGUAACAAACAUAAUGGGCGCUUUGGAAAUUGGACUGUUAAUUAUCCAAAAGUCUCAAUUACAAUAUCCGAACAAAUAUACCCCAAUUAUGGUAUUUUUAACUGAUGGACUACCCAAUGUUGGUAUUAGUUCGACGGAUGAAAUCAUAAAAAAGGUAAAUAUUUUAAACAAAGCAAGUUACAACACACCAAUCUACUCACUAUGCUUCGGAUCUGACGCAGAUUGGUCAUUUUUAAAAACUUUGAGCUUACAAAGCGACGGAAAGCCUACAAAGAUUCCAGUAAGCGGAGACUCUUCCGUACUCUUACAAAAUUUUUAUAGCAAAAUUUCAAUUCCUCUGCUCAGCAAUGUUACAUUCAACGGUUUUCCCAAAUCCGCAGAAAUAACUCAAUCGCAUUUUACGUUGUUUUUCAAUGGAAGCGAAAGUGUAGUGGCUGCAAGAGGCAUAUCCGAGAACGAAAAGAAUCCUAUAACAGUGUCUGCGAAAUCGAAGCAAGGCCCUGUUAAUCUAGAGUCAAAACUCGGUGUUCCUCUUACAAAAUUAGAAAAAGUAUGGGCUUAUUUGACAGUAAAACAGUUAAUCGAUGAAUAUCAAGCUACUGGCAACAUCACGUUUUCUACAUUGGCACUAAACUUAGCACUUAACUAUUCCUUGGUAUCAGACUUUACGUCUUUGGUUGUAGUAAAGCCCGAUAGCUUAGGAGGGGCUGUUGAUACAGAAGAUGCCUCUUUUGGGAUUUUCCCUGAACCACCUGGUGAAUUACCAAUGUGUAAUAAUAUUACAAAUUAUAUUAUUGAUAAAUAUGGUACCACAGAGUCGGAUAUUGAAAUAACAAACGAGUUUGAAGGAUUCGGAGACAUAAAUGAACAGGAUGUUGGUAUAACUACAGAAAUACCCACAACUACAGAAAUACCCACAACAACAAUAACAACAUUACCAACAACAACUACAAUGCCUACCACAACUACAACGAUGCCAACCACAACUACAACGAUGCCUACCACAACUACAACUGAAAGAAUCACUUGUGUUAACUCAAAGUAUGGUUGUUGUUAUGAUGGAGUAACGUUUUCACCCGGAUCAAAUGGAGAUGGAUGCGAUCCAAUUCCCAAAUCAGAAAGUUGUUCAUUACCAGUCGAUACAGGUGGUUGUAACAACGUUACUACCAAAUGGUUUUACAGCACUCGUCACCAUCAAUGCAGAAUAUUCAGGUAUAACGGUUGCAAAGGAAAUGGUAAUCGGUUUGCAACAAGAAAUAUUUGCGAAAAUACUUGUGUUUAUCCAAAGGACAAAGAAAGAUGCGAACUUCCAAUUUCAAUGGGCAAUUGCAACAAGAAAUUGCUUAGUUGGUUUUACAAAAAGUCAACGGACGAAUGUAUUAAAUAUAUGUAUGGUGGUUGCGAUGGAAAUUCAAAUAGGUUUCAUUCAAAACAAGAAUGCCUAAAAAUUUGUAAUCCAGAUAAAUUAAAAGUAAUGUUAAAAGAUCUCUGUUUCCAACCUAAGGAUAAAGGCCGUCCAGGAUGCAGAAGAUAUGAAAAAAAUUACUAUUUUGAUAGUUCCACACUUACUUGUAACAAGUUUUGGUUCAAUGGCUGUGGCGGUAACGACAACAGGUUUACGCACAAAGACGUAUGCGAGAAAAUGUGUAAUAAUGCCAAAAAAAGGGCAACUUGCACUGCUCCACCAGAAUACGGUAUUUGUAAUGGUGAAUAUCGAAAUUAUUAUUUCGACAAUAAAUUGUCCAGUUGCAAACAAUUUAUCUAUAGCGGAUGUUCCGGAAAUAAGAACAGAUUUGUAUCCAAAAAAGAAUGUGAGGACUAUUGCAAAGGAUUUUGAAAU